CAACUCCAGCAAACGAAGAAGGAGGCGAACGAGCCCUAACUCCCAAUUUCAUCUGUCUUUUCUCCUUCGUAUUUGUACAAUCUGCGUGAGGCAAAAGACGCGCGGAGCUUCCGGAGGCAACCUUGAUGUGGUCCAUUCCAAUUUCCUUUUUCUUUUUAAUUUCGUUUCAAAUUCAUACGAUUCCAGCUCACUGGAGCCUGAUUCUCUGUGAAAUUAGUUCCUCCCACAUCCAUUCUUCAUCAGGAAUUUGAGAGAUUCACUGUUCAGGGACGGUUUUUUGGAGACCUAAGAAUACCCCUAUGAGGUUUGGAAAUUCUUGGUCCAAUAGUUUAAAAUUUAGUGGUUGUUUGAGUUGAAACACGUUGUGGAGUCGUCUUCUCAACUAGACGUUCCCGUUCGCAGCAUAUAGGAGAUCAUCAGUCGCUUGAUAUGCAGUCAAACAGCAAAGAUCUGCUUCACUUGGAGACUGAAGGCGGCUUGUCUUUGGAAUCAAAACUUCUCUUUUGCACUAGUGAUGGCGGAUCUCAAUCCCUAAAUUUGAAACCUGACCUUCCUGAUAAGAAGCCUGAAAUUUCUUCUGUACCCAAAAGCCAAGUUCUAACAAAGGUCAAGGAUUUUUUGGGAGUAUUUUUGGAAAACAAUAGAAAAGUGGAGCUUGAAGCUAAGAAGAAUCCUGAGAAAUAUGACAUUGAAGCUCUUACUGGUGAAGAAUCUGAAUACAUAGAGAUGGACUUAAUGUUGGGUGUUGCUGAACUUCACACACAGGAAGCUGUAGCAGCUGCUGAAUCCGUAAUAGCAAGUUACCAACCAGUAAUCGAUCUCGAUACCAAUGAUACGACAGAAUCUGAAGACAGUAGCGAUGAGGAUGACAUUCAGGAUACCAGCAAAAGUGAUGACGAUGAUGGUUUUUCUCUAGGAAAAGAAUCUAAGCUUAUGGAAAAGGAUUCUCCUAAGAAAGCAUUGAAGAGGAAGCGAAAUCGAGCUAACAUAGUUGAGCUCUCUUAGUGCUAAGGACAUUAAACAAUUGUUAGCUUAUUUUUGGUGAGAAAUUCAGAACAUAGUAAAACUUGUUUUGGUUCUACUCUUUUAUUUUAUUAGUUAAGUGUAA